AUGAUGUGCUUGGACGGCAAGUGCGUCUGUCGGGAGAGCUGUCCGAAGUCGAAUCUGGACCACGAGGUCUGCGGCACAGACGGUCGCCUCUAUCCCAGCGUCUGUGAACUGCGGAGACAGGCCUGCUUGCAGAAGACUACCAUAAAGAUUGACAGCUCCGGUUUUGUGUGUCGGAAGAGUCCUCUGGCGAGGAACCGGACGAUCGAAUUCCAAUCAGGUCAGUAG